AGCUACGCAGUCUGUGCAGCGACCGGGCGCAACACGUUUUCUGAAUCCGGUUCCGGCGUGCCGACGACACCGAUGCCCGUGCCCACAGAGCGAUCACAGGGCUUUUACCCGAACAGCACUGAACUGUAGCAGCUGAGAGACGGAUGCGGAGCCGAGCCCGGAGGAUUACGAGAAUGCGCCUCUGUAUGUGUCCUCGUGAGCGGAUGACAACCUCCGAGCAGAGCUACACUGAAAACUUUGAGCUCUACGUUUGACGCGGGGGUGUUAUUGAGAUUUUUUUUUUGUUUUUGUUUUUUGUUUUUUUGUGAGGGGGGGUUUCCAACAACAGACAUGAUGCAGGUGCAAACUGUGGGCCAACGUUACUGAAAUGACUCGCUCGGCGCUGACGCGUUUCACUGUGCCAUGCCAGCCCCGCAUUGUCAGAUGCCAUUUUACUCUGCGUUAUCCCAGCGUCUGGAAUUCCAACAUACUGGGCCUGUUGUGUAAUUAGAAGUUCGUGAGGCAGUAGCAAAACAAGCUGGUGCAAUGACAGGCUACGCUGCCCAAGACACUGUGCGCAAUUUGUGCUGAAUCUUUAUGGGUCCUGCGUACUGGAGCUCCCGGCUUCCACUCGGAGAGGUGCGCUCACUGCGCUGCGGGGCUCGGGGCUUCACAUCUGGACCUGCCUGCGCUCCUCUGCGGCCUGUUCGGACCGGACAGUCUCUGGACCUGUGUGUCUGAGGUCGUGUUAGGGACAGAGGGGAGCAUUUUAGGCCGGGACUUAUUGGUGAUCCACGGGAACGCCAAAAGCUAGACUACUCAAGGAAGAUUGAAAAAAAAAAAAAAAAAAAAAAAAAAGCUAAAAAAAACGCUGAUCCAGAAAUGGGUUUUGCGUAGCGAAGUCACGCAUUUUUAAAGGCAGCGCGAGGGUGACAUUGCAGUCUUCUCUCCCCCCACAUCGGUUAUUUCGUCGUCUGAGGAAAAAAAUAAAAAAAUAAAAAAUAAAAAAAACAAAAGGCGUGAAAGUGGAGUAUUGUCCGCCGUACGUCGUCUCAGCGCAGUGGGAUUUCUACGUCUGGCCGGCGUUCCCCCCCACCCUUCCCGCGGUGACGGUUAUGGGUCGGAAGCGGUGUGUCGGUGCAGAUUGUUCCAAGAUGGCGGCCGGGUGCUGCGGGGUGAAGAAGCAGAAACUGUCGGGAUCGCCCGGGUCGGGGGGUCCCGGCGGGGUGGGGGCGGGAAGCGGGGUGGCAGGAACCGGACAUUGUGGCUCGGAGUUGGGGAUUGGCUCCUCCGCGACUGUUGCGGCGGCGGCGAACGUGAGCAGAGCCAACGGCCUGGGGGGACCCGGGGGUAACGUUAGCGGCGGUAGUAGUAGUGGUAGCAGCGGCACGAACGCUCUGUCCCCAGCCCCGGCCGGGUACACCACAUCCGGCCUCUCCCCGAAUCUCAGCCCGGGACCUGGUUCGGGAAGUGGAGGCAGGAAAAUGGUCGUCUCAGCGGAGAUGUGCUGCUUCUGUUUUGACGUGCUUUAUUGCCAUCUGUACGGAUACCAACCUCCGAGAACACCCAGGUUUACAAAUGAUCCCUACCCACUGUUUGUCACAUGGAAAAUAGGCAGAGACAAGCGGUUGAGGGGUUGUAUAGGUACAUUUUCUGCCAUGAAUCUGCACUCAGGACUCAGGGAGUACACCCUUACCAGUGCCCUUAAAGACAGCCGCUUCCCCCCUAUGACAAGGGAUGAGCUGCCUCGCCUCUUCUGCUCAGUGUCUCUUCUUACCAACUUUGAAGACGUCGGUGAUUACCUUGACUGGGAGGUGGGUGUUCACGGUAUUAGGAUAGAAUUUUUCAAUGAAAAAGGAUCAAAACGCACCGCCACCUACCUACCAGAGGUUGCAAAGGAGCAAGGUUGGGACCACAUUCAAACCAUAGAUUCCUUACUACGAAAGGGAGGUUACAAAGCUCCCAUCACAAACGACUUCAGGAAGACCAUUAAGUUAACCAGGUACCGUAGCGAGAAGAUGACGAUGGGUUAUGCAGAGUACAUCGCCCACCGCCAGCACCAUCACUACCAGAAUGGCAUCGGGCACCCUCUACCACCCUACAACCAUUAUUCCUGACAGCGAGCCGCAUGACCAAUCAUUGGACCUCUCCGCGGACCUUUUCCCAGGAGAGCCCGCCCCCUCCUGGUCUAGUUAUUUCUACUACUGUACCAUUUUAUGAUGAUAGUUUCCGUUGCCAUGCUGGCCGUCUCCUCGACGUUGACAUGGCAACGGGUGGCAACGAAGCAUCAUUUGAUUACGGCAAGAAAUCCACGUUUCUCGCUUAUUUUUUUUUUUCCUCCUUUGCCUGUGGUUAAGUUUUUGCAGCAUAUAUAUUCCUAUAUCUAUAACCCCCUUCAUUCAUACGUUUAAAAAAAAAACGAAACCCAUAUUAGUUUAUUAACCCUAUGUCUUUUCAGCAAACCUAAUCAGGUGUUUUGAUUCUGUGGAUGGAAGGAAGUCUCUUUAGGUGGAUUUAUCCGCCACCCUGGUUUUAGGCUUUGCUACAAUUUAACAUUUGCUACUAAAAACUUUUUUUUUUUCCUACUUUGAUCCUUAAUGUUCCUAUCCUGACAUGUAAUACCAUGUAGCAAGGCAACUGCAGUUCUCAAAGGCUGUGUCGUCUCUCCUCCGAUUCCUCUCAAAAAACAAACAAAAAAAAAAAGACUGUUGAGGUGAUUUUAGCCUUGUUAAACUCUGUAGUGUUGUAGUGGGAACUAUGUAAUGGGUUAUGUAUUCUCCAAAGUAUAGUUAGUUAGGAUUGUGAUGCCCUUUGACCGGCUCGUGGACGGUGUUUAUUGACUGAGCUCACAAUCGCGUGUAUUCCGUUGUGUGGACCAGGACGCUGAUUUUUUAAAAAAAAAAACCAGUAGCAUGAAUUAGAAAUUGGGUUGAACUUGAAGCAUCUCCUUCAGAGAGCUUUGAAAAUCCUCCUCUCCCCUCCCUCCCCCCUUAAGUAUUUCUCGUGUUUUUGUGGUGGAACCCGAACCUUUGAACUGCGUUUUUGUGUUUGUCGUUUCUUUCGCUGGGCCUGAGCUUACAGAUAUGUUCCCUCUUCUAUUUUUCUUUUCAACUUUAAAGGCAAUUUGCAGAGGAAGCCAUUCAGCCUGAGGAUAAUCACAAGGUGAUUUUUUUUUUGAUUAACUGUGGGGGUGGGGGGAAGAAAAAAGUUGACAGGUGGGUCUCAUUUCCUCUCUAGAGAGGACAUGCAGGCCACACAACAAAAAAAAAAAAAAGAAAGUCUUUUUCUUUUGAAUUUCCGUGUCUGUUGGUUUACUGGCAGGGAGUCACUUGACAGGGACGCGGUGUAACGACCUAAAGCCAUACUCUCUUUUUAGUCCAUGCUCGUCCGGCGCCGCGUGUCGGACGCCACAACGCCGCCAAAUACCCGUCAAAACCUCUCGCUCAUUUGUCCGGCGUCUCCGCAUGUUGUCAGAGAAACAUCGUCUUGCCUUUUCAGAUUAUAGCUAACCAUUGUCACUCGUCCAGAGUGCGAAGCAUUGACAGAGAAAAAGUCAUCACGAAUGCACCCGGCGCUCAGAAGAUGCGGCGUUGGCGUCAGGUAGACGUGCACGCCGUGCACCGAAGCCGUCACAGGAAUGCAGCUUAGUUUGAUGUCGUCGUUGAGCCUGCACCACCACUGUUCCGAUCCCGUGUGAGUGUGUGUGUGUGUGUGUGUGUUUCCUCAGCACGGGGAAUGUUUAGUCAGCUGUCCGGCAGCAGGUCGGGUUAGCCGGAGCCGAGCCGGAGCGCGGUGAGGGGGCAUGGGGGAGUGUACGUUAUAAAAGUCAGGGCUUUGUAAGGACUAAAGAAGCCAUUUUCCCCAUCCAAAUAUUCACUUGUUGUGAGUCACAUUCACGCACGCACGCACGCACGCACACUAGGGUAGCUGAGUUUUACUUAUCAGAAUGUUCCAACUGUUGAGGAUCACACUGCGAUCCUGCUCGUUUUGUUCCGUUAACUGGAAUUUUUUGAGAGGUUCUUGUUACUUGGCAAACAUCUUUCUUCGUAACAGCCUUUACUAACUGACAGGUUCUAUUUUUUUUUUUUUUUCCUUCUUUCUUUUAUGCAAAACGUCAAGGGCUUUUGGCACUCCAUCCACAGUAACCCGAAAUGACCCAGACUUCAGUUGUGUUGCCUUAAAUGAAUGAUUUAAAUAAACAGUGGGCCGGUGGAAGACGAGCCGACUGCUCCUCUGACCCAUGGUUUCUCCAGCUCCACCUCCACGCCACAGCGCAUUAAACGACGGACCCCCCCCCCCCCCCCCCCCCCCCCCCCCGCGUGUCUGCGGCCUCCCGCCCGGCCGAGCCUCGGGAGGCUUCAGAAAACACUCCGUCGGGCGCCGCGGUGUCGCCACCCUUAAUGGUCAAACCAUGGGGAAAACCGCUUUAUGCAUCUCUGAAAACAUGUCUGUAAAGAGUUCACCACGCACCGAGGGGGAGCAGUCGGCCGCUUGUCUCCCGGUCCAUGUUAAUACAGCACAACCUGAAUUUCUCUGCUGCAAAACCAAAUUGACCAUGCUCUUUUACAUAUAUGUCUUUGUAUACACAUGCAAUGUAUUUAGUUGCAUGUACGUAUGAGUAUGAGACCUAUGGUUUUAUCCAUGAUAUGCUUGAUCUAUGGCUUACACACUCUUAUUAACCAUUAAGAGAUUUAAAAGACAAAUAUGGUGCUAUCGGACCUCAUAUUGGGGUGGUCACAGCUCGUGACUGGUCAUGCGGACUCAUCGAUCAUAUCAUCCUUAAAAGAUGCUCCAUGUAAGAUUUUCUCCGCGGCGCGUCGCUGUGAAAUGAGUUAUGACGGCACUUUUUUUUUUUUUGUCUUUUUUCAAAACACUGAAGGAUGACCGUCACCGAUACAAGCAAGUAGCCCCAUGAAAACCUCAUCAAGGCCAGUGUGGGUUGCAUGAUUUUUGGGAUCAAUUCCCUAUGGGAAACUGGAUUAUUACAUGACGAAGGAGUCCCAGCAGCAGCAGCAGCAGCUUAUCAGAGGGGCUACAGAAUGUACUGUCAGUGGUCGUUAUGACAGCGGAGCAGCGGCGCGUCCGGAGGAAAUCCUACAUGUUACCUUUACUAUCCUUGAUAUAUGCAGAUCUGUUCAACAGGUGUUUAUUUUCUGUUCUCUUGUUUUGUUCCUACCAGUGCAAGUCAACACCCCUGCAGGUUUGAAAGGACAAGAAGUCACACGUUGAACCCUCCUCCUCCUCCUCCUCCUCGUCCCCCUCCCCCCUCGAUUUCCCCCCCCCUACACUGUGGCCCAAACCUCAUGGCCUCGUCUGUGAAGGUGCGACGUGUGUCGUUCGGUAAACGGUGGCAGUCGUAGUCGUAGUGGCCGUUGCCUCUCCUCCAAGAUUGGAUGCUGGGUCGUUGGUUGUUUUUUUUUUUUCCUCUUCUUCUCGUUUUCUUUGAAAUAGAGCACAUUCUGAGUUUUUUUCCUUCUCGCUGCUGAAUCGUCCGCGACCUCCUCUUGACAGUCGUCGGGCUUAGCAAGCGGUUCCGCUGCCCAAGCGUCCGCAGGUCCACGGAACGAGGAGCGCGGCGUUUUCACGUAGAGCUCGGAGACCGCCGCCUCGCCCCCCCUCCGCGCCGGCGACCGGCUCUUAAAGCAUCGAUACCUCACGGGAUCCUCUGGAACGGCGUUGGGAGUUUGUUGUAGCAGACGGGAGUGUUUUGGUUCCAUACCAGGGUUUAGAGUCCAGCCUCGGCGUUCUCCUCGCGCGGUCACUCUCAUAUUUCGUGGAAUGCCCGAGCUCGUGUUACCUUCGUAUGUUCGACUGAACCAAAGAUGCCAGCGGCCAUGCCCAAAUGCUGCUCUUCAGGCCUGGCUUCCUGUCCUUCCAAAAAAACACCCCUGCAAAUGACGAAAAUGUUUGUCUGUUUUUGUUUUGUUUUUUGUUUUUUUGUUUUUCUUUGAGAUUUCUCAACUGUCUUGACUUAACAAGCAACCCGAUUUUUCAAUGAAUUUUCAUUGAGUCUGUCUCUGAAGCCGUACAAGGCAUCACGGAUGGUGAAAAUGGUUGCAAAUUGUUGUUACUUGUUUUGUUUAUUAUUAUUAUUAUUAUUGCUUUAUAAUUUUCGAGAAAAAAAAUGAAAAUCCCAUGGUGUGCCUCCUAGCUUUAUGGGUUUAUAAAUGUUUUUUUCCCUAAAGACCAGCAGUUAUACUUUGUAUAAAAGAUGGAUUUUUCCUUAUUUUUUAUGCCAUUAAAGAAAAAAAAAAGCCUGUUUUCUUUACUCUGGACCCAGUAGCUGCACUGGUUAUACAAUCGCACUGAUAGAUUAAUUAAAAAAAAAAAAAGGAGUAAGUGAAUCAAUAAUAAUAAUGAUAAUGACAAAUGAAAUAAGAACUACAAUAAACUUGUGUUGGAAACUUUUUAUUAUAUAAAAAAAAAUAAAAAAAAUACAAAAAAAUAAAAAAGGAAAAUGACUGUUUUUGUACAUCAAAAUAAAUUCUUUUCAAAAGAAUAUUUUGGAUCUAGUUUGGAAAUUAUUUUAGUGGUUUUCUAUGUUCUGAACUUUUGAGACACCGACUUCGAAGACGUGUCACUGUACAAACUGACUUGUUUCCGUUGCAGUGGCCUGCUGGGCUGGGAGGGUUGCCUGGUGUAACUCCUCAUACCAACUUUUAGGUUUUUUUGUUUUUGUUUUUUUUUCCUUUCCAUUUUGGAUUUUUUCUCUUGCUGCUUUAGUAACUUGAAGAAAAAAAAAAAUUGAUGGAAUAAUAUGAACUGGGAACUUCAAAUCCACACCCCCCCCCCCCCAAUGCCCUCACCCCCGUAGAGCUAGAUCCCCCCCCCCUCCCCCUCCCCUUCCCUAUUGAAUUGCUGUUAGUGUGACAAGACUUGAAACGGGCAUUUAUUAUGAUAGUAUGACUCCAAAAGAAAAAAAAAAAACCCACAAAAUGUACACACACACGAAAAAAAAAAAGAAGAUAGCAAAAAAAAAAAAAAAAAAAAAA